GCCUAAUAUUAUUCUUGUCUUUCCUACAUUCAUCACUUCACUCUGUUUCUGCCAUGGCUUCUUCGAUUCGUCCCUCACUUUCUUCCUUCAUGUUACCCUCCUUCUCUUCUUGCAACCCUUCUCAAAAGUUCUCUCUUUUUCAUCUCGGUAGCGGUAUUAGACGGUUUCACAAUUUUGGCCUGAAACCUUCUAAGUUUUUGAGGCAUGAUGAUGAUCACUGCAUGAGGGCGAAGGCAUCUGGGAACACAUCCUCAACUGCUGCACCGGAAAAUGCGCUGGAUUGGGUCAAACAUGACAAGAGAAGAAUGCUUCAUGUUGUGUAUCGUGUUGGGGACUUGGACAAGACCAUAAAAUUUUAUACAGAGUGCCUGGGAAUGAAGUUGCUCAGACAGCGUGACAUGCAAGAGCAGAGACAUACUAAUGCCUUUCUUGGAUAUGGGCCUGAGGAUGCACACUUUGCUGUUGAACUUACAUACAAUUAUGGGGUUGACAAGUAUGACAUUGGCGAUGGAUUUGGUCAUUUUGGUCUUGCUGUUGAUGAUAUUUCAAGAAUAGUGGAACUUGUCAGAGCUAAGGGUGGAAAAAUUACUCGAGAGCCUAUGCUUAUCAAGGGAGGCAACUCAGUGAAUGCAUUCAUUGAAGAUCCUGAUGGUUAUCAAUUUGAACUUUUAGAAAGGCCUCCCUCUCCCGAGCCUUUGUGCAAAGUAAUGCUUCGAGUUGGUGAUCUUGACCGUUCCAUCAAAUUUUAUGAGAAGGCUUUUGGUAUGGAGCUACUUCGAACACAAGAUGAUCCAGAAUCCAAGAACACAAUAGCAAUACUGGGAUAUGGUCCAGAGGAAAAAAGUACUGUCCUGGAGUUAACUUACAACUAUGGAGUCACAAAAUACGCUAAAGGAGAUGCUUAUGCUCAGAUUGCAAUUGCUACAGAUGAUGUGUACCAAACUGCUGAAGCAAUUAAACUUGCUGGAGGGAAGAUUACUCGGGAACCUGGACCAAUACCUGAUAUAAAGACAAAGAUCACAUCAUGUGAGGAUCCAGAUGGUUGGAAAACUGUUUUUGUAGAUAAUAUUGACUUCAGCAGGGAGCUGGAGUAGUUCUUAUGAGUCAUCAUUGCAAUUUUGGGACUUGAUCAAAAUUUGAGGCGAUGAAAAUAUUUGCUUAAAAUCUUUUUUAUUUAAAUUAGUUUUUUGGAAAUUUUUCAUUCUUUAGAAAUACCUUUUAUAUAAGGAUAAAAAAUAUAUUUAUUUAUUAUUUAUGUUUAGAAAAUCAAGAUAUUGUAAAUAUUUGAUACUUUCUCACAUUUUUUUUACAUGUUCAUAGAGCAUGAGUAAAAUAAAAUGACAAAUUUUUCAUAUAACAUAUUUCUUAUAUUUUUUAUAUUUUCAAAAUCAUAAAGAAAACCUAAUUGAAGUGGUAUUGUGUUUUUGAAGUUGUAGAGUUAGGGAAUGUAUCAUAGAAGUCCAUUGACAUAUUUAAAAUAUUUACUCAAUUUAAAUUUUUGUUCAUUAAUAUAUUUUAAUUCUCUUUCAGUUUUGUAAAUAUAAAAAUAAUAAGUUGAAUAGUAUUGUACAUGUUGGUGAAUAGUAGCAAUAAAGCAAAUUGAGUUGAAGGAUACUACAACUUACAAUAAAAUCUUGGGUUAAUGAUAUUUAUGGUCCCUCAACAGAUGACCCACCUUUGAUUGAAAAUUUGGAAUACUUAAACUUUAGUUACUGUAGUGAAGAAAUGGCACUACAAUGCACAAAAACUUAUUAUUUUAGCAAUUAAAAAUUGGAUAACUAAAACAGAACAAUCUAUAUCUCCAGUCAAGGAUUAAGGAGGGAGAUAAACUCUUGUUACAGUUUUAUUGUUAAAAGAUAAUUCAGAAAGUUAAUUAAGAAUGUUAUAUUUAAAUUAUUUUUAACUUUAACUUCUAAAUAAUGUCAGACUAUUAAAAUACCAAAACAAGAAAUGUUAUCAAAGUAUCCUGUUUUAUCAUUAUUUAUCAGAAAGAAAAGUUACAUAGCUAAUCACAGUUUGUUUUGUUGACUUUUAUAUGAGCAAUAUUAAACUCAUAUCAAUGAUGACUGUAAUUAAAUGGUAGGUAAAACCAUUUUGCACAAACAUUGUGCUCUAUUUGUUAUCAGUUAAAAUAGAAUUAGCAAUGAACCUGAUUGAAUAAUAAGUUUGGAUAUGAAAGAUACCCAAAUUUGAUAUGCAGAGUGAGAGUGGACUUGAAUUGUGAUAAGAUUUAGUGGUUGAAGUGAAUGAGAGAAAGCAAUGAUAUUGAAUCAGUGUGAAGUGAAGUUUUACCUUCCUAGUUAGUAGUAUGCAUCAUUCUUUAAGUGCUGCACAGAAAAGGACAGGUUUGAUUCCCACUCAUGCCUCUGCUUUAGCCACUCAUUAUUCCUCUUCCUCUAUUUACAUUUAUUCAACCAUUUCAAUCUCCAUUCCUCACAUUCUAAGAAACUUGACAUGAUUGAAGAAAUUUGUAAGAUUACUGUUCAAUGGCAUUUGAACAUGUUUAUGAACACACUUAAUCAAUCAUAACACACCCACAAAAUAAUCACCUUUAUCUUUAUACCUAUACUCAACGAGUUUCAUCAAUCAUGUAUGUACUCAAUUGUGUCUGUUUGUAAGUGUGACUUAAAUGUCUCAACUAGCAUUCUUGCCUCAACAAACAUGUGUGUUAAAGAGGAAGAGGGUGGAGAUCCCGUAUCAACUAGAGAUAAGACGAUUUUAUUUUACUUCUUAAUAUGGUAUUAGAAUGAGUUAGAAUCCAUCCUAACGAAAUUUGUUAUUUUUUGGGUUUAUCAUUCCAUCUAUUAUCGAAUCGUUAUCUAAUAAUCUAUUAAUGUCUAGUUCCAUAUUGUCUAUAUGUCCUGACAUGAGGAAUGUGUACUGCAGAUCCCAAAUUAACUAGAGAUAAAGCAAGUUUAGUCUUUUCUUGACAAAAGGAGUGGUUUAAUGGAACUUCAGAUCAUAGAUGUUAAUCAGAUAUGAAGUACCAAAAGGGAAUAUAAUAUGUUCUGCAAAACUACAGAAGUCAAAUAUACUAUAUAGUAAAACAGCAGUGUGCAGAAGAUGGGACCAUACAUAGUUAACCAAAAGAUAUUAAAAGUAUUAGGCCUUGCUCAAAUUUCUAAAAUCAGGUCCAAUUGAAUUAUGGCCAUAAUUACCUUGUUUUCUUUCUUUGGUCCAUAAUCACCUUAUUACUUUUACUCUCUUGAUUUUCUUCAUUUGGCCAAAGGGCAUGCACUGAUUUACUUAUAUAUCAGCUUCCUUUGUUCUGUUCUUUCAAGUGUUACUCCUCUGCAUCAACAAUGAAUCAUGGCAGACAAAGCUCAAAGGUACCCUUUGGAGAGAAAGAACUCUUCACUUCAUCAUUUUUUCCCUUCUCUCCCUUCACCCUCUUCACACCAAAUAAUCACACCCUCUUCAGUUUCUGCCCCAUGUUUUCUACCUUUGAAUUCAAUGAGCUGAACAAUUCCAAUUCCAAUUCCAAUUUCAAUUCCUUCACACCAAAUGAAGAUUCAUCUGGCUAUUGUGAUGUUCUUGAGAACCUUUCUUGUGCCAAGUCAGACACAGAUUCAUCCAAUGAGGCAUGUGGU